ACUUUGUUUUGGCUGAGUGGCGGCUCAAACGCUGCAACCUCAAUCCAUGGCAAGAAACGAGGAGAAACAACAGGGAAGACUGAACAGACUGUGGCUACAGAAAGAGAGAGAGGAGGGACGGCUUAAAGAUGCAAAUAAGCGUCGACCCAAACUGUCUACUCUGAAUUCAGCUCCGUCUGUAAAAAAGUGGAUUCCCAGCAUCCAAAGUGAGAUCGAGUAUUACCUGCAGCAAUCCCAGCUUCCUCAUUACCCGGAGAGGAAGAUAGCUGAGUUCCAGCUGCACAUCGAGGCUUUGGAAAAAGAAUACAAAAGCUUCAUCAGCAAGCUACGAGCUCUAGACCCCUCAUGCAAACACAAACCGUGGACUCCCAGAGCCUACAGCAAACGGAGAGGAGAGGUUCAAGACCCACCAAAUGCUGGUAAAAACCCUCGACUUUAUGAGCUGCAUGCUGAAGGGAGCCAGAAGAGCAGAGGUGAUUCUCCCGGAUGUUGUCGUCCCUUAGCAGCAGCGAUGACCGGCAGCUUUUCAGAGAGUAGGCUUCACAGCCUCGUUCCAACCAGCGCUGUCUCAGACGCCAGUUCAGUCCAGGACCAGCCGCUCUCCUUCGACCAGACGCGGUUGGCGGUGGCUGCAGCUGCGUUCAGAGGACUGGCCCUGCGCCAGAGUUCCUCCCAAACACAGAACCUCGCCAGGAUGCUGCAGUCUGGUCUCCCCAACCUCAGUAAGUUCCACUCACAACAAAUGGUUGAGUUUGAAAACUGGAGCACAGAGAAAAAUGAGAAGCCCACAAGUGGAUCUGUGGUGGAAACGGAACAAAGCGCUGCUCAAGAAAACAACUCGAGCUGUGCAGCGGCGUCUAACUCGGGGCUCACACAGGACAAGAGUGGACACAUCCUGGGACUUGAUUGUUACUCCUCUUCUGAUGAGGAAACUAACACGUUGUGAUUUUUUAAAAUUUAUUUUGUUUAAAAGUGUGUAACCUCAAUUAAAAUAUUACAUUUUGUAA